AUGAUUGCCUUUGAGAGUUUCGGAUUUUCGGCUUUGAAAAAAAAAGAUAAGGAUUUUAAUGAGCCAAUUUCAAGUAAUGCACCCUAUGGAAUUGAGAGUCCAUUGGUUGCUGGAUUGGGAUCUACUAAGAAACAAAUAGGUUUUUCUCACCCAAUCGAAGCAUCGGAGUCUAAUUAUGAAAAAAAGAGUCAACGUUUGGAAAUGCUUAUGCUGAGAAAUAUACAAGGUUUGCAUGCGCCUAUGCGUCUAGCAAUGGAAAUCAAAGCAACGGAGCAAAUUGGUAGAUUACCAUUUUUACCAUCUUCCAAUAUUAUGAGAGAUGUUAUACUUGGACGUGAUGAAGAUAUUGGAUUUCAAGAUAUAUUAAAUACAACAGAAUUCAGAGAACAAAUGGGGCAACCUCAUGCAGUGGUAGAAAAAAGUUUGGGAAUUUUAUAAGGUUUGCAUUGAAAGUGAUAAUUAAUAAAAAAAAGUUCAAUAUUCUGUA